AUGCAAGAGUGCCAACAAGUACAAUUCUCGACCAUAAUUAUACCAACACCAACAGUAUUUCAAACAAUAGUACAAACAGCUAUUCAAGCUAUACAACCAACAGUAUCAAUACCUACUAUAAUCUUAACUAUAGUAACUACCGAAGCACUAGAAUACUUUCAAGACCAAAAUAUAAUUACUGAAAAUAUU